UCGAGCUAAGACCGUAGCUUCUACAAGUACAAGCCACACUAAGAUGCGCGUAGUGGAUCCAUCCGGGCGCGUGCCGGGGCUAUCGCAACCUUCCCUCUUCGUAUACCGUAUGACCUGGUGUACGCACGAGACGGCUAGCCUCUCUUCACCACGCGCGCACUAAUCAUUAUGCUUAUUAUAUAUCGAAUCGUAGGCCACAACAAGCAUCUUACGCUAUCAUGAAGAGUAGACGCUGCUUGGGGGAGCUUUGCGUGGCUCUAGUAGCCAUCGCGACGGCCACUGCUUACCCGGACCUGUAUUACUCCAGCACCUGCACUUCUCAUCCUACUGGCUCAAUGCGGCCUCAUGGCGCGCCGUCGACGGACAGCUCAAUCGCGUUUACGGUGAAGUCGACGGCUAAUGCCGUUGUAUCUUCUCUCUGCGCGGGGUCCGUGUAUGCAGUUACGGUGUCCUAUCCCCAAACGCGCGAGACGCUGCUCACAGCCAGCCUUGGGAGCUUGGGAGGGAGCUCUUCUUGCCCAAACAAGCGUUUGUAUACUGGCGACGCAAACUCCCACUCGGCCUCACUCACGAUCCCUUGCUCCGUGAACGGCGCCACCUCGGUGACGCUCAAGGUCACAACCGCCACCAGCCGCUGGGGCUCCUUCCUGCAGGCCAGCACCACACUGCCCAUCAGCUCCAGCUGCGGAUGCGCAUCAUCAUCGCCGCCGCCAGCCGCCGCCGCUUCCUCUUUAAGCCCCACGCCCAGCCCCUCCACCUCUUCCGGCACCUCGCCCGCUGCUGCCGCCAGUCCUAGCCCCAGCCCCAGCCCCAGCCCUGUCGCAACCGACUCCAGCAGUGACAGCGGCAGUAGCGACAGCAGUAGCGGUAGUGACUCCACGGGUAGUGACUCCACAAGCGGGGCAGUCACGUGCGCAACCUCCUCCCUGGGCUACGCCUGCGCUCUCACGCUGCCUGGCGGCGGCGGCGAGACCCUGCACUGGACCGCGGGCACAGCCGCGCCACCCGACAACGCCUGCACAAGCACCACCGGCACCGCAUCAGGCACCUCCUCCUACUCGGGCGCGGCAAAUCUGGUGCAUUUCGCGCUGAGCUCGCCUCAGGCAGGCUACCUGUCAGUCGGCUUCACAGAGCGCGCCGGAAUGAUGGCGCCGGCCAAUGCCGUAAUCGGCCGGAUCUCAUCUGGAUCCGCAAUCGUAGAGACCUACUACAUGACCUCGUACAAUCUGGAUUCGCCAUCCAACAACGGCUGGGCGGCGGGCGCCGCCGUCCUGUCCACGUCAGCGGGCGGCACCGUCCUUUGCUUCAGUGUUGCAGCCGACGGCGCGGCGGCGGCGGCUGCGGCGACGGUGGCGGCGGGCCGCCGCCGCCGUCAGCUGGCCACCGCCGGAACGGCCGCCUCUGCUCCUCGGCGGUCACUGGCUGCGAGCACCACAACAACAACCACCUCGACAACGACAUCAACAACCGCCACAACCAACGCCCUGGGCCUUGACGCCUCGGCCCUGGAGAUCAUCUGGGCUACUCACAGCUCGGUCGACCUAACCGCCACGCACAACCGCUGGGGCGGCGUUUCAUUAAACGCGCUGUCCGGCGCCGCCGCCGCCACUGCCGCCAACAAGCGCCGGGACCAGAUGCUGGCGUUACACGGUGGCCUGGCGGCGGCGGGCUGGGUGCUGCUGGUGCCGCUGGGGCUGCUGCUGGCGCGGCACCGGCGGGAUAUCUCAGCGCUGAGGAAGGCGCCGCGGGCGUGCGGCAGGGACAUGUGGCUCGUGCUGCACGUGGGCUGCGUGGUCGUCGGCACUGCCUGCGGCGCGGCCUCCAUCGGUGUGGCGGUGGCGGAGCUGCGCGGCAGUGGCGCCCGCGACCCAAACACGCGGGCACACCGCAUCACCGGCUGGGCCGUUCUGGCGCUGGCGGUGCUCCAGAUGCUGUCGGGCGGCGUGCGGCCCGACCCCGGCGCGCCCCGCCGCCGGCUGUGGACCUUCCUACACGCUAACCUGGGCCGUGUGGCCGCCCUGCUGGCCUGGGCCUGCACCGGCCUGGGCGUGUUCCUGGCAGUCACACGCUACAGCCAAGACCUCACGGUCUGGGCGGCGCCGCUGGCGGCAACGCUGGCGCUACUGCUGGGUGCCGAGCUAGGGCUGACGGCGGCGGCGGCGCUGGUGUCGGAGGCGGCCUAUGCGGCGGCGCCGCCGCCGGGACCCAACCCGCUGCUGCUGACGCCGCCGUCGGGCGGCCCGCUGUUGUUCCCGCCGCCGGCGGCGCACGGCGGACAAGGCGGCUACGGCGGCUACGGCAGCUAUGGUGGUGGUACUGACGGCGUGUGUGUGGGCUACCCGGCGACAGUGGCGACUGGCGCCCUGCCGACGUCGCAGCGGGCGCAGUCGCAGCAGCAAGGACAGCGGCAGCAGCAGCAGCAGCACCAGGGUGUGUACGUGUUGCCUGCAGGUGGCGCAGGUGCAGCUACAGCCCCCGCAAACCAACUGCAAUCAGUGUACAGCAACGGUGGCAGUAGCCGCCACCAGCUGUACCAGCCGUUCCAACAGCCGUACCAACCGUCAGCGGCGCUGCCAACAGUCACUGCAACGGGUGCCAGUGCCGGCGCUACUGCCGAUGCUACCGCCGCUCGGCCGCCGUCGUCACGGCAAGCACGACCGGCAUCUCGGCCGCCCUCGGCGGGCGCAGCCGCUGCUGCUGCUACUGCCGGCUCCACCUCUAAUGGCUCCAGCGGCGGCGGCGUUGGCGACGGGUCAGUGCCGCCGGCACCUAUGCGGCGGCAGCCCUCGCCUCCGAGCCUGGACGACAGUGGCUAUGGAGAUGGUGCUCUGGGGCUGCGUGCGGCCCCAGCCAACAAGAAGUACGGUUCCUGAGGAUCGCCCUCAGGAGUAGCAGCUGCUGACCGUCGCCAGACCAUGGGAAGGUGCCCGUGGCAGGGAACGCAUGGCCAGUCUUAGCAGAGUGCCUUGAUGGAGAGUGGCCAGCUCGGUACAGUCAAGAGCCGCAUAGUAAACGAAUGGGAAUCACGGGCAACGCGAGCGCUGAGUGUGCGACGUCGCCAUGCUCCAGCGGAGGGAAUGCACGUGACGUGAGGGUCUCAGCGUACACACGAAGACAGACACACACAGUUGAUUGCAGGUUGUCGCGCAUGUCUGGUCGGUUCGGCCGCCAGCGCUGCAAACGCAUUACGGCAGCACACGUACCAGCUGCCCGCCGCGCGCCGCACUCGUGAGCCGCUAAAUAUCGUACAAUGCCAUAAUCAUCGCACUUGCCAAACGAGGAAUGAACCAAAGUGGUGGGGUGGAGCUGGGGUGAUCCGUCAGGCACAGUGGCACGCGCAGUUCGGCGCAGUAGGCAGGAAUGCAGCACAUUUAUUUAGCCAGUCUGGAAGUGUCGCUCCUAAGUGUCGGAGUCAUUAUCGUUAUCGUUAAGUGCCUUAUCGAGCCAAUCAUGGUCUCAGACUCUCAGUGUGCGGGGUGGCCGUGGUCUGCGUCCGUGGCGCCGUGCCGUUGAGUGAUAUAUCAUGCAAACUGCGGCACAAUGGAAUGACAAGCUAGGUGAAUGUUUAAGAAUGAGCAGUUCCGCGGCGGGAAGGGGUCGUCCCUUUUGUGCAGCGUGUGCAGGUGACAUGGGCCCUGCGCUCGACAGCCUCUGUUUGCCAGCCAGCAACUUUGUCGGUAUAGU